UGAACAGUGCACAAACUAUUUAGACCCAAACUUACACAACUGCCAACGUGUCUAGUGAGAGGAGAGGAAAGAGAAUUUUAAUGGUGACAUCAUUUCUACUAGUGGACUCCGAAGACUCCAAACGUGUGUAGUGAGAGGAAAGGAAGGGACUUCUAACAUUAAUCUACAAGUACUGUAAGAUCUGAAAACACCGCAAAGAUCAACAUAACUUUUUUCUGAUGUCCCGCGGAGGGUGUACAGCAGAAUCCAGCAGCAUGCGAUACUGACAGAAUGACAGCUCCGUGGCUUGAAACUUCCCACUGGCUUGACUCCACCCUUCCACCAGUGACCCUUCCCCUUAGCAACCACACGGUGAAGACAUUGACUAGCAACCAGUCCUGUAGCGGUGAGGAUGAGGUCUUUAAAUACAGAGCCUACACCGUCACCUAUCUACUUGUGUUCCCUAUAGCAUUGCUUUUCAACAGCGGAGCGCUGUUCGUGUUCCUGCGACUGAAGUCCAAACGCUCUCCCUCUUCCAUUCUCAUGACCAACCUUGCCCUAUCAGACGCAUGCUUUUCCCUUACCCUGCCGUUUCGAUUGGCCUACUACUUCAGGGGCGCUCACUGGGACCUCCCUGAUUGGCUGUGCCGACUCUGUGUGUUCUGCUUCUACCUCAACCUCUACACCAGCAUUCUCUUCCUGACUGGACUGAGCGUGCUCCGUUGGUUGGCCGUGCUGAAGCCUCUUCAUCAUCGAGCAUUGGCCACGCCCCACCGAGCUUCAUUGGCCUGUUUGGGCAUCUGGUUGUUUGUGGGUGGAACUUCGGUACCCUUCCUAUUUUCGGGGACCAGGGUGAGGGCGGGACUAACACGCUGCUUCGAGCCCCGUAACUCCGCCUCCUGGAAGAGGAUCUUCAUUCUCAACUACGUGGGCGUGACAUUCGGCUUCCUGAUCCCAUUCGUCACCAUCCUUGGUUGCUACGGCAGCAUCAUCCGCCGACUGACAGCUACAUCCAUAAGCCAGAAGCUACAGACAGGAAGCCUGAAGAGUAGCCAUGGUAGACGUCAUCGUCAGUCUCUGUGUCUAGUCGCCAUGGUGAUCUGCACAUUUCUACUGUGCUUCCUGCCCUAUCACGUGGCUCGCUCGAUGCACCUGCACGCAGUGGUGGGCGGGUGGGACUGCGUUGUUACUGCAACACAGCAGCGGGUGUUGGUGGUGACGCUAUGUCUGGCGGCGGCCAACAGCGUGCUGAACCCUCUGUUGUAUUACUGUGCAGGGGAGUCCUUCAGAAUGACCAUACGCAAUGCCUCGUCACGACGACGGUCCCUCUCCUCCCUAACUCAGGGCAGCUUGCUGUACUCUCACAGGAAGAGGAGUAUUCCAACAAAACCCACAAUGCUAGACACACCCCUCGCUCAACCCCUAUCCCUUCCUGAGUCCAUACCAGACACACUCAGCCCUGUGAACAACAGUCCAUAAAGGAUUCAAAACCUCUCCAGAAUCAGAGACACUUUUCUGCAUGUGUAAAAUGGAGCCCUGAGGCCUGAACCAGAAACACACACACCCCCUCCAGUAAAAUCCACGAGAGGAAUGUCUUUGUUAUUAACAGGCUCUUCCUGACGAAAAUCUAACAGGGUCAAAAGUGGACACUGGAACAAUAAUUCUAACAUAAGAAUGUGGGGAAUGGUCAGUGGGGAGCUAAUGAAAACUAAUGUCAUAAUGGUUUUGAUUUUGUGAUGUCGUUAAAAAUCAUAUGGACGAAAUACUGUAAAAUACUGUAAAAUACUGGAAAGUAUAUCCCCUUUAUCUGUCAAGUUUCCAUCCAAUACGUUGUGCAUAUAAUAUGAAAAGAUUAAAGUAUUUUUUGUUAAGAUAGGGACAUGAUUUUAAGAGCCAUAAUAGAAAAUUGUUUUACAUAACUUUGUGCAUAGUAAGUAGCCACGCCCCAAGUGAGGUCAGAGAGCAUGUCCGACUGACAGAACUGUCCUCUUUGGCCAGAGGGCAUAAAAGGACUGCUAACAGAGAUUAACAUUAGACCAUGAAAGACAGGGAGUUGCAGCCCACAUCUAAAGUGGUAUAAAAGCUGAAUCUCAGAGACCAGGAAAUGUGAGGCGGGAGCUACAUGUUUGAAAUGGUUGCAACAUUGAACCUGAAUACGAGGUGAAGAAAUAAACUCACCUUCCUUUAGACCAGAGAGAAGGCGAACUGCAGGUCAUUUCCAUCGUGGUGCGAAUCCUGAAUAACAACAUGAGGGGGAAAACAAAAUCUCCUCUCAGACAAUCACUGAGACAGCUGAUUAGCUAUCUUGAGUAAAAUAUCUAGAAAAGCAAAGUGAGACUAUCCUACUACGCUCAUCACCAAUGGGAACUGUCGACAUGUCUGGCUAGCUAUCUUCCAGAGUGAACAACAGUAGAAGAGGGGGAAAGGGAAGAUCCCUUUCGGACAAUCAGAGCCAUACAGCUUGCCAAUGAAAAGCCAACAACCUUCCCAAGGAGGGAUGGUUCCGACCGAUAAAAGGCUCUCACAUGUAAAUACAUUCAUGAUUUCUUGUUCAAAAUGGGCAGCGGUUCGUGUGCCAACUAUAUGAUUACUGUGAGAAUAGUUCUGAAAUGUAUUGACGAUAUGUGUCUUUUUCUCUCCCUCUCUCUCCCUCUCCAUGUCGUUGUGUAAAAAGCCACCAUAUUGUAAAAGUCCGCUAGGGACCUUUGUCUCAUAUACAGUGCCUUGCGAAAGUAUUCGGCCCCCUUGAACUUUGCAAUCUUUUGCCACAUUUCAGGCUUCAAACAUAAAGAUAUGAAACUGUAUUUUUUUGUGAAGAAUCAUAUAGUCAAGGACCAUAUCACCUCCACCCUACCUGACACCCUAGACCCACUCCAAUUUGCUUACCGCCCAAAUAGGUCCACAGACGAUGCAAUCUCAACCACACUGCACACUGCCCUAACCCAUCUGGACAAGAGGAAUACCUAUGUGAGAAUGCUGUUCAUCGACUACAGCUCGGCAUUUAACACCAUAGUACCCUCCAAGCUCGUCAUCAAGCUCGAGACCCUAGGUCUCGACCCCGCCCUGUGCAACUGGGUACUGGACUUCCUGACGGGCC